AUACAAUUCGUCGUGCGAUCGACUUGUUUUUCAUUUAUUCUAAUAUUUCCUUCCUUUCCUUUUCUACUUAAUUAAUAAUCAUGAAUAACAGUAACAACAAUAACAACAAUAGCAGCAGCAGAAUUUGUAGCAAUAGCCAUCACAACAACAUGAACAAUACAGCCAAUGUCAUUACAUCUGUCUCAUUAACUACGACAAAUAACACUAGAAAUAUUAAUGAUAUCAACAACACCCACAACAAUGACAGGGGCAACAAUAAUGACAACAAUGAUAGUAUUAACCCUGCAAGAACAUUAAUCAACAGCCCUUCUUCUGCUGUUACCACUACCACCGCCGCUGCUGUUGAAGAUACCCUUGCCACCUCGUCCUCGUUCUCGUCUUCACCCUCAUCCUCUACUGUUCUUAACAAUGGCUACACUAACAACAGCGCAAGCAGUGGUAUUGACACAAACCUGAGAACAGCUGUUCGAAAGAGACAACGAUUCACAGCAUCACGGAUAGGUGCCAUUAUGGAAGCCUUUGAGAACAGUCAAGGUGCGAGCUCAUCGUCUUCUGCAUCGACCUCUACCACAGCCAGUCCUCGCCCCCUACAUCCACCUAUCCCAGCUGACCUGCUUACAGCUGUAUCAAACGACUUCCAUUGCCCUAUCUGUUUAUCAUUAAUGAAAGAGACAUUUUUAACGCAAUGUGGUCACUCAUUCUGCUACUUAUGCAUAUCCCAGCAUCUGAACGAGAGGCAGGAUUGCCCAACGUGUCGAGCGCCGCUGACAAGGGAUCAGAUCUUCCCCAACUUUUUACUCAAUAGUAUAUUUGAGCGCACAGCCGCUGAAUUACAGGACUCAACUGCUGAAAGUAGGACACGGGAGCCUCGUAUUAAGCUGAAACAUGACCUUCUCACCCAAAAUGAUUAUACGCGGGAAGAACUCGAUGAGUUACUAUCGACUUUGCAAGCAAAAAAACGGAAACUGGAGUCAACUGAUCAGCAGGUUGAACUGGAAGUACUAUUGGACUUUCUUAGGAAUACUCGAGAAGAGAAGGAAAAGGCUUUAAAAGAACUUAACAUGCAAAUUCAAUGUCUUGAUAACGAUAUGAGGAAAGCUCAGGAGAAACUGGACAUGCUAAAGCGACAAAAUGGCUACCAAACCACGCAGAGUCUAGAGGAAGAGGACGAUGACUCUCUCGAGUGCAUUGGAAAUUCAGCAGGAGUACAAGUCCCUAAUGAGGUCUCAGAAGAAGAGGAUGAAACUGUCCCAGCGCAGGCAGGGACCAAGAGAAGCCACUCUCAACUUGAGCAGGAUGAUAAAAACGAUGGAAUCAAUUCAGGAAAGCUCAAUACAGAAGCGCAUCUCCAGAGCCUAAGUAUUGCUAAACAAGUCAAUGUCAACAAAAAACGUGUAGCAACCCAUUUCGAAGACUUGCAGCGGUGCUACUUUGACGUAUCCCUUAACUCAUCAACCAAAAGAGAGUCAGCGCUGUCAAGCUUUUGCUCUACGAUCUCUAAAUUCACGCGGUUCUCUCACUUUGAGCAUAUCAACACGUUGCGAUAUGGCGACAUUUUCAACGCAUCGUCAAUUGUAUCAUCCAUCGAGUUUGACCGAGACGACGAAUAUUUUGCAACAGCGGGUGUGACGCGGAAGAUCAAAAUUUUUGAAUAUGGAUGUAUUGAAAAGACAGGUCUUGCGGGCACGAGCUUCCGAGAAGAUGAUAGAUCAGAGAUGUAUGACCCUAGUGAUCUUAGUCGACACUCACGAUACUCAUCCAACAAGAGACCAAUAACAUCAGUUCUUCAUUAUCCAGUGCGUGAAAUGAUGUGUCGGAGCAAAAUAAGCUGUCUCUCAUGGAACUCAUAUAUUAAAGCUCAAAUCGCAAGUUCUGACUACGAGGGCAUCGUAUCACUGUGGGAUGCGCAAACUGGCAUUAACACACUCAAUUAUGACGAACACGAAAAGCGGGCAUGGAGUGUUGACUUUUCGCGCACAGAUCCAACACGCCUUGCCAGUGGCAGUGAUGACACUAAGGUCAAGAUCUGGUCCACAAUAUCAAAAGCAUCUGUGUGUACCAUUGAGAGCAAGGCCAACAUUUGCUGUGUCAAAUUCAAUCCUGAGAGCAGUCAUCACAUUGCGUUUGGAAGUGCGGAUCAUCAUAUUCAUUACUAUGAUCUUCGUAAAGCAAAUGAACCCCUGUACGUCUUCAAAGGCCAUCGUAAGGCUGUAUCAUAUGUCAAGUUUCUCGGACGGGAUGAAUUGGUGUCAGCCUCAACAGACAGCACUCUUAAGCUCUGGAACACGUUACGGAUGAAUUGUGCGAGAACGUAUACUGGCCAUGUAAACGAAAAGAACUUUGUCGGCCUCAGUGCAUCUGGCGAUUGGAUUUCUUGUGGUAGCGAGAAUAACGCCGUUUAUACGUACUACAAAGAGCUUCGAGAUCCAGUUGUCACUGUCAAGUUUGGCAACUCAAAUCCUGUUACGGGUGAAGAUACUGCAGAUGAAGAUCCCGGCCAAUUCGUGAGCUCAGUUUGCUGGAAGAAAAAUACGUCAAAUAAUAUUUUACUGGCUGCCAAUAGUUCUGGAGUCAUCAAGGUUCUCGAGUUAGUUUAAACUGAGGCAUGCAAAGAUGGCAAAGAAAACAGGAAAAACUUUAUGUCUCUUCACUCAAAUAAAAAUGAGGAUCUAAUCUUGCAC